GCACAAUCCAUGAAGAGCAGCACUACCACGAUUGCCCAGGCCGUUCAAGCCCUGAAUGCAGACCGCAGAUUGAUGGUCACCGCAACGCCAAUACAGAACCGCUUAUCCGAACUGUUCAGCUUAUUUCAUUUUCUCCGCUUCUAUCCCCAUAUUGAUCACAGAAGCCUCACAUGGGGAUCAGGAGACCCAGAAGAGGAUGUAAAGAGGCUUAAGCAGUUGCUUGGAUUCAUAAUGCACCGACGUCUUAACGGUAUACUUUCUCUACCUAAAGGACGGAUAUAG